AUGACAAUUGCCGGUUCUGACUCCUCCGGGGGAGCAGGUAUUGAGGCAGAUAUUAAAACUAUAACCACUCAUAAAUGUUAUGCGCUGACCAAUAUUGUCAUUCUUACUGCACAGAAUACAAAAGGUGUUUGUGAUGUUACAAAUAUUCCAGGAACAAUGACUUCAUCGAUUUUGGAAGAGAAUUUCUCUGAUAUCUAUAUCGAUUCAAUAAAGACAGGUAUAUUGACAGAAGAGUCUAUUCCGGAAAUAAAGAAUGCACUAGAUAAAUAUCAUUUUCAUGGAAAUUUGGUUGUUGAUCCAGUCAUGGUUAGUACCUCAGGUUACGAUUUUGUUAACAAUAAGAUUUUGGAAAUUUUAACUCGGUAUCUUGCACCCUAUACCACAGUGAUCACUCCAAACUUAAUUGAGGCCAAGGCAAUUAUUAAUACCUUGAGCGGUAAAGUCCAGUACAAUGGAAAUUGCUUGGAAGCACUGGAAGAUGUUUUCUCCAUUUGCAACCAAAUUCAUAAACUAACAAAAAUCAAAAAUGUUUUGGUUAAGGGUGGACAUCAGCGGUGGAAGAAUGAUGCUAAAUUGUUGACAGACGUUCUCUAUAUCUCAGAGAAAAAUACAUAUUAUGUGUUCUACUCGGAAAUGCUGGAUUCGUCAAGUACUCAUGGUACUGGCUGUACUUUGGCCUCUGCCAUCGCCUCCAAUCUGGCCCAUGGAUUGUCUUUGAUCAAUGCAGUUGGCAACAGUAUCACUUACGUUCAAAAUGGGAUCAAAACUGCUCCCAAUAUCGGAUCUGGACAUGGCCCACUUAACCAUUUACAAAGUGUCAGACAGUAUAAUUAUGAAGUUUUGGUAAACGAUGAAAAAUAUGCUCUGCCUUUCAAGGAAGGCCAAGCAGUGCAAUAUAUGUGUAAUCAUCCAGAAAUAAGUCCCUUUUGGGAGAAAUACACACAUCAUCCCUUCAUGAAAAAAGUUGGAGAUUACUCACUUCCGUUGGAAAACUUCACUAAAUUUGUUGAACAAAAUGUGAUUUACCUAUCCAACUACUCACAUAUAAUCAUGUACAUGGCGGCCAAAGGAUCAUGGAAGGAGGAUUUGUGUGCAGUUGUUGAUAAAUUGACAACCAUGGCGCAAGAGAUUUCCAAAUAUACAACAAUACUGAAGAAGCUAGGCUAUUCUGAUAAGUUAAUUGAAAAGUUGAAGGCAACCAAGGAAUGUCAAGUAUACGUUGACGCUCUGCUAGAUGUUGCCAAAGAUGCAGGUGAUGUUUUUGACAUUGCAGUCUCUUUGACCCCCUGUUUCUAUGGAUAUCUUGCAGCAUGCGCAAAUGUUAAGCAUUACCCGAAGGUCGGUGAUAUCUGUAGUGAUGACACGAAAAUAGAAUUAUACGAAGAUUGGCUAAAGCAAAACCAGUCGGAGUGGUAUUCUUCUGCCUGGAUAAAGGGUGAAGCAGACUUGAAUACUAAGUUCAGAGUCAACUGUUUGAGUGAUGCCAAACUCACAAGAGCCGUUCAACUUUUCAAGAAAUUUACCAUUAUGGAGAUCAACUUUUUAGACUCGUUUUUAUGA